AUGGCGCCAGCCAAGUCAAUUAAGAAGACUUCCUCGGGCAGCUCGAGCAUCUCGAGCAGCAGAUCGACAUCGCCGGAACCAACAACAAAGUCGAAAUCGGAUCGCGAGACUGAAGAUUCGGCCAGCUCCGAUUCUGAGAGUGUCCCUUCGUCCCCAGAGAUCAAGGCUUCCAAUAUCUCGUCUUCAAACGACUCCCUCUACCCGAAACCUUCCUACAAGCCACCGUCAGGCUUCAAGGCUGCGAAGAAGCAAUUACCGCCAUCUUCUACCACAUCCUCCCUCCUUUCUGACCUUCGCGGCAAACAACUCUUCCACAUCACUGCGCCCUCCUUCCUCCCUCUCUCCAAAGUCAAAGAGGUGUCGCUGGCGAAGAUCUUACAAGGGGAGCCGAUACUUGAGCACGAGGGCGUGCAAUAUGGUAUCCCAUCCGAGAACAUUGGCCACGGUGAUUUGGGUGGAAAGAGUCUCCUUCUAUACGAUUCGAAGACACAGACAUACUACAGCGCACCUGCCACUACCAUGCCUACCUAUCACGUACAGCAACUGAUCGACCUCCCUAAAAGCUUAGGGACCGAGGAUGCAGUAUUGGCAGCAGCACAGGAUCAGAUCAAGCCUCCACGGAAGCAACCGAAACAUCUGAAGAUGCGGUUUCGCCCGGUCGGUAGUGAAGAGGGUCCACCAGAGACGAUCGGUUCGAGUUCGGAAGAGUCCGAGGGAGAGGGAAAGCCGAAUUCCAAGUUUCCCAGAGAAUCAAAGACCGAGCGCGAGGAAAGAAAACGGAAGCAUGCCGAAGAAGUGGAAGGAUCCCAAUCGGCUGGCUUGCCCAGGAAGAAGACCAAAAAGCAAACUGUCGAUACAUCACAAUCAAGCAAAAAGCGAGAUGAGAAGAAACGGAAGAAGGAGAAGGCGUGA